AUGGCGUACGCAUCGAGGCCGCUUGUUUCUGUGAUAUCGACAAAGACAGGUGAGUCUAUUGGCGAGCAAGUCAAGUUGCCACAAGUGUUUCUGGCUCCGAUUCGCCCGGAUGUGGUGCAGAUCGUGCACACCGGCGUGGCGAAGAACGCCCGUCAGCCGUACGGUGUGAGCCGGAUGGCCGGCGAGUGGGCCACUGCGCACUCCUGGGGAACAGGUAGGGCAGUCUCCCGAGCGCCUCGUGUGCACGGAGGCGGUACGCAUCGAUCGGGUCAAGUGAGCGGUGCGAACUUUGCACGAGGGGCUCGCAUGUUCGCUCCGACUCGUAUCUGGCGACGUUGGCACGUCAAAGUCAGCCGCGGCCAGCGUCGCUAUGCAGUCGCCUCGGCGCUGGCGGCCAGUGCCCUACCCGCCCUGGUCAUGUCGCGUGGCCAUCGCAUCGACUCUGUCCCUGAACUGCCGCUGGUGCUGAGUGAGGACUCCGAGUCCCUGCGCCGUACCAAGGACGCCGUCGCUCUCCUGAAAGCGAUUGGUGCAUAUGAGGAUGUCGAGCACGCAGCGAAAUCGAAGAAUCAACGGGCCGGUCGCGGUAAAAUGCGCAAUAGGCGGUACACUAUGCGUCGGGGUCCUCUCAUUAUCUACGCGAAUAGCGAGAAAGAUCCCAAGUCGGGUGCACCAGACAACCUCAGUCGCGCUUUCCGUAAUUUGCCUGGCGUCGAGUGCUGUCAUGUGGAGCGCUUGAAUCUCCUCCAGUUGGCACCAGGAGGUCAUCUCGGCAGGUUCUGCAUAUUCACGAAGCAGGCCUUCGAGCGCCUUGAUGAAAUUUACGCCACCGGUAAGAGCGGCUUCAAGUUCCCUCGGGCAGUGAUGACGCAGGCGGAUCUCUCGCGUAUCAUCAACUCGGACGAGGUUCAGAGUGCGCUGCGUCCGAUCCGACGGGUGCCGAGGUUGCCACGGUUGAAGCGCAACGCCUUGCGUAAUCGCCGGAUGAUGCGCUUACUCAAUCCUGCCUAUGAUGCUUUCAUACGCAAGAUGAGCGAGCGUGUACCGGACGCAUCACGGCGCUUGCCAGCGUCAGAGAGAGCUCGCGUCCGAGCGAUUGGAAAGCGAUACAUUCGCCAGUUGCUGGACACAAAUCCAACCGAAGUUUAA